AUGGCGGCAUUCUAUCGUCUAUCUCGAAUCAGCCGUCAUCUCCACAAUAUCACACGCCGUGACUCUUUUAUCUCCAUCGUGGACUCAUCCUAUUCCCACUCUCCAUUGCCCUCAAAUAAUCCUAACAUAAGUUCUCUCCAUGCUCUUCGCCACCUGUACCAUCUUGCCGGAUUCUCCGGAGACUUUCGCCCCAAAAAUCAAUGCCACAGUUUUGGCAGCUCAAUCAGGCCAAUUGGCGCCUACUACGAGCUUCUUCAGAGCUCCUGCUUUUGCUCUGCAGCAUCUGAGGAAAAAGGAGAAGAAAAAUCGAAGAAUUUAAAGCGCAGCGAAGGUGAUGGUUCGUGGAUCGAUGUUUAUUUGCCCGAGAAGGUACGUCCUUAUGCUCGUCUUGCCCGGCUUAACAAUCAGAUCGGUACUUGGCUCCUGGCCUGGCCCUGUAUGUGGUCAAUUACAAUGGCCGCAGCUCCAGGGAGCCUUCCGGAUAUCAAGAUGAUGAUGCUCUUCGGCACAGGGGCAUUGCUUUUGCGAGGUGCAGGGUGCACUGUUAAUGAUCUACUUGAUCGAGAUAUUGAUACCAAGGUAGAAAGGACAAGGCUGAGGCCCAUUGCCAGUGGUGUCCUAUCACCAUUUCAAGGAACUUGUUUUCUUGGUUUUCAGUUACUUUUGGGGUUGGGGAUUCUUCUGCAGCUUAACAAUUUUAGCCGUGUGUUGGGAGCUUCAUCGUUGCUGCUUGUUUUUUCGUACCCCCUCAUGAAGAGACUAACAUUUUGGCCUCAGGCCUACCUUGGUUUGACAUUUAACUGGGGAGCUUUACUUGGCUGGGCUGCUGUUAAAGGAAGCCUCGAUCCCACUGUUGUACUUCCUCUUUAUGCUUCUGGUGUAUUUUGGACUCUUGUAUAUGAUACAAUCUAUGCUCAUCAGGACAAGGAAGACGAUGUGAAGGUUGGUGUUAAGUCAACAGCCUUAAGAUUUGGGGAUUCAACUAAAGAAUGGGUUGCUGGCUUUGGAGUAGCAUGCAUCGGUAGCCUUGCCCUUAGCGGAUAUAAUGCCAAUCUUGAAUGGCCAUAUUACUCGUUUUUAGCAGCUGCCGCUGCCCAAUUAACUUGGCAGAUAUCGACAGUCGAUCUAUCAAGUCGUGCCGAUUGCAGCAAAAAAUUCAUAUCCAAUAAGUGGUUUGGCGCUAUUGUCUGGAGUGGGAUCUUGUUCGGAAAACUCCUAUCUUGA